AUGACUCCUGCGCAGGCCAUCCAAUCGUCAGCCGGACUUCUGAACAUCUAUGAGAAGGGAGAGAUCAUCGACUACAAGGAUGGCGUCUGGUUCUGCGGUUCCAAACAAGCGAAGAAACAUGUUGGAGAUAUUUCCGCUGCUGGGACGACCAACUUUGGCUACGAUGACGAAAGAGGUGACUACAAUAUCGUCAUGGGCGACCAUCUGGGAUACCGCUACGAGGUCAUCGAUGUUCUCGGCAAGGGAAGUUUCGGACAGGUGGUGAGAUGUAUUGACCACAAGCUCGGCACUCUUUGUGCUGUCAAGAUUAUUCGCAAUAAGAAGCGAUUCCAUCAGCAAGCUUUGGUCGAGGUCAACAUCUUGCAAAAGCUCAAGGAAUGGGAUCCUGAUGAGGCCAACGCAACGCUUACAAUCACAUCAUCUUUCUACUUCCGCAACCACUUGUGCAUCACGUCCCCCUCUCUUAGCAUCAACCUCUACGAAUUUAUCAGGACCCACAACUUCUCUGGCUUCUCAAUCCAACUCAUCCGCCGUUUCGCACGCCAAAUACUCGCCUGUUUAUGUCUGCUACAAUCUAAACGGAUCAUCCACUGCGAUCUCAAACCGGAGAAUAUACUUCUGUGCGACCCACGGCGUGCCGAUGUGCGAGUCAUCGAUUUCGGAAGUUCUUGCAAAGCCGACGAGAAGGUGUACACGUACAUCCAGUCGCGUUUCUACCGUUCACCUGAGGUCAUUCUCGGAAGUGACUAUGGUCUCGGAAUCGACAUGUGGAGUUUUGGAUGCAUCCUUGCGGAAUUGUUCACUGGGUACCCUAUCUUCCCUGGUGAGAAUGAGCAGGAGCAACUCGCAUGUAUCAUGGAGAUCUUCGGCCCACCUGCUCGGGACAUCAUCGAGAAGGCCUCCCGAAGAAAGCUCUUCUUUGAUUCAUCACUCAAGCCUCGCGUCACUGUGUCAAGCAAAGGCAGAAGGAGACGGCCUAGCAGUAAGACUCUUAGUGGUGCCAUCAAGUGCGAUGACGAGGCCUUCUUGGACUUCCUCUCUCAAUGUCUUCGUUGGGAUCCUGAGAAGCGUUUGCGACCAGACCAAGCCGUGUCCCACCCCUUCAUCACC